GAGGCCUCAGUGGGAAAUAUUGACUUAACAAAGACAUUAAAUGAACUUCGAUUGAAAGGACUCUUGGAUUUAAAAGGUGACCGACUGCAGCAAGUAACAAGAUCCUACAGAAAGAAAUGUAUCGUGAAUGACAUAGAUAAAGAGUUUUUUACACAGGUUGCCUCUCCCUGCUCUCUUGCAGCGUAUGCGGAUGUGUAUCUUAACUAUACUAGUCAGUCACGACAACUGACAGACAACAGUCGUAUACCAUAUAUGAGAAUGAUUAUGCAAGAUCAGUCAGAGCAGCUGGAGCUUUUACAUGAUAGGAAGUACCACUAUUUUAUAAGUUUGUCCGAAAUGAAACAGUUCGUGGAUUUUAUCCAAGACCAGUGCAGAAAGAGUAACUUGGACUCUCUAGCCUGGGCGAAUGGAGUAUCUGAUGAGGCUUUUUCAAAUUUUUAUUCAGCAUACACAUACCUCUCAGGAGUAUGCAACGUGAUUGACGAUUUACUUACAUCCCAAAAAUGGAGCAUACUGUUUACCGUCUUGAUGUCAGACAAGUAUAGCAUCAGUAUAAGCACAACAUGGGAAGAGAGAAUUAGAAAAUUCCAAGAAAGAUUCCCUGACUUUGGUGAUUCCCAUGUAUUAACAAGGGACAAUUAUUCGCGGCUUAUUCAAGAACUGGUUGACACUGAUAAGCUGUUAAUAUCACAUACAGACAGCAAAACCUUUGAGUUUGUUUCAUCAGAUGUGCGUCAUCAGGUAAUGUGUCAUUUUAUCCUGAAAUGUUUAAAAAUGGAAGAGGAUUUAAAGAGAUAUGUCGAACUGUCAUCGAUGGACUCGAUUUCUGAGUAUGUCAAUGUUUACCAGCAUUCCGGAGCUACAAAAAACGUUUGUUUAGACAUUCCAUAUGAUCUGUUGAUAAAACGACUUGGGAUAAAUGUAAUUCUGCAUGAGAUGUACACAGAGGAGAGCAAAGCAAUGUCUAGAACACUCUGCAUACCCGUCGAUAUUUUUCACCAUGAUUAUCCUACAAGAGAGAGAUUCUGCAAAUACGUCGAAACAUGCACAGGAAUGGAACGAGAGCAACUCUCCUUAUGUGAACUAAGCUUAAACAGCUUGCUUGGGGCAUUUUUUGUCAAUGAAAAUACAGAAAAACCAAACGAUCAGAAAACUCUUCACCUGUCACUCAAGAAAUGGAGUAUACUGAUAGUCAUUCUAAUGUCAACUGAUUACUGCUUGUACUUACACAAGAACUGGAAAGAAAGAUUUGAAGAAAUUCAAAAAGCAUUCCCAACGUUACAAGACGAUGUUGCUGAUGAGAAAAAUGAGGUUGUCAAAGAAUUAAUACAGAAAGACAUUGUCCUCAAGGAAGAAAAGAAGGAAAACUGUGUGAGAUUUUUAUCUGAUGAUAUCCGUCAUCAGGUGGCCAGCUACUUUAUCAAGAAUUGUUUAAAAACUCAGAACGACUACAAGAAUUAUAUCAAAUUGUCCUCAGUGGAUUCUUUGUUGGAGUAUGUCCGCACUUGGUGGUAUAGAAGAGAUGAGAAUGAAAGAUGUUUAUAUUUGCCAGUGAAAUUGGAAAAGUUGUUUGUAAAAAGACUUGGCGUUGAUACUUUAAGGCACAUUGUUUUGAAGAAAGGAAUAGAAAGCAGUACGACCAGGUCUAGCUCUGAUAGAGAUCAAAGGGGAUUUAAUGAAUUUCGAGAUAAAAUAUUGAAAUAUGGGAGGAUGCCCAAUGAUGUACUUAACCUUGAUCAUUUGACAAGAGAAAGAUUUUGCAAAUUUGCCAGAGCAAUUAUUGACCCAAAUCCCAUUUCGAUAAGAGCCUUGAGUUACAAUAGCUUACUCGGAUCUUUCUUCAUUGAUGAAAAUACCUCCAAACCUGACGAUCAGAAGAGUCUUCAUCUGUCACUCAAGAAAUGGGGUAUACUUAUAACAAUCUUUAUGUCAGCUGAUUACUGCUUGAAUCUACACGCUGAGUGGAAAGACAAAAUUAAAGAAAUUCGAACUGAGUUCCCCCCAUUACAAGAGGAUGAACGAGAUGAGGAAGACCAAUUGAUUGAUGAAUUAUUAAACAAAGACAUUGUUCUACAGGAAGACGAAAAGAAAAACUCUGUGAGAUUUUUAUCUGAUAAUAUCCGUCAUCAGGUGGCCAGCUACUUUAUCAAGAAUUGUUUAAAAACUCACAAGAACUACAAGAACUAUAUCAAGUUGUCCUCAAUUGACUCCUUAAUGGAAUAUGUUCGCCCAUGGUGGUACAAAAGAGAAAGCAAUGAACGGUGUUUGUAUUUGCCAGAGAAGCUGGAUGAGUUAUAUAUCAGGAGAGUAGGAAUUGAUGUAGUAAGACAUGCUGCUUUGGCUGGAAGAUUGUCAACAGAAUUACACACAACACCACGGACUAUUCCUUCAUAUUAUUCUAUGGGGAAUGUUCAAUUUAGACACAAAAUAUCGAAAUAUUUAAAUGUCCCCGGGGAAAUUCUCAUUUGGGGACAAGAAGCACGGUGUAGGUAUGUUGAUUGUGCAAAAAAAGGAACACGACAAAUACAUAGAGCUCGAGCAAUGAUAGUUGGUUGUGCCGGUGCUGGAAAAACUACCCUUUUGAAGCGUCUUCAGAAACGAAGUCUAACCGAAAUAAAACAGGUUAAAUCUACAAUAGGUUUAGAAGUUCACGAGGACAUAUUUGAAAUUGAUCCAGAUUCCUGCAUUUUGAAAGCUUUGACAACAGAGACUGAUAAAGAGGGGAAACCACUUCUGAGUGUAAUGGAUUUGGGGGGACAGUGUGCCUACUACGCCUGCCACCAGGUUUAUCUCAGCAGAAGGGCCUUCUAUCUCCUUGUCAUUGACAUGUCCAAAGACUUCAUUGAAACAGUGGAUCCUUCAGAGUGUGAACAGGAAGAAACAAUGUUUGCAGACUGGACAUAUGGAGAAUACAUCACGUUCUGGCUGAAAUCCGUUCAUACAUACUGUGAUGAUAAUUCUCCAGUUAUCGUCGUAGGGACUCAUUUAGACAACACCAGAGGAAAAAACUCUAACACUCUCUACAACAGUAUUCUAGACCAUAUAAAGUACAAUAAACAUUUAAAGAACCACCUAAGCAGAGAAAGAUGUUUCGUCCUUGGUUUUAAAAGUAAUGAGGCGGCUGUUCUUGACGAAAUUUCUAAACUUGAAAAGUGCAUUGUUUCAAUAGCUCGAGGGACAAGAUGGAAAGAAACCAUUCCAGCAGACUGGGCACUGACUGAGGUUGUACUCAGAGAACACCGGAAGCAGAAAAAAAUGUGUUCGAUUAUAGAAUUGCUAAUAUCAUGUUUCCAGGGGAACGUAGAAAAAUUCCAACAACUUUUAGAUGUAUUGAAAUUUUACCAUGACAUAGGAAUUGUGCUUUAUUUUCAUGAGAGUAAUCUUUUCGAAACUGUUAUUAUUGACAUACAGUGGUUUAUUGAUUCCUUUAAGAACAUCAUUGCUGAUCCAAACCAUGUAAGAGAUAUUGCAGACAACAAUCGUGAUUGGUUAGACUUUUACAGGACAGGGCAUAUUCAAGACAAACUUUUAACCAGUAUUUGGAACAGCAAGCAUUUCAAAAUAAACAAAAGGGACAAGACAAAUCUUCUCCAAUACAUGCAACGCCUUGGUCUGAUUGCUAUUAGUACAGACCCACAAUAUAUUCCACGCUCGAAAAUGCAGCGCCGUGGUCCGAUUGCUGUUAGAACAAACCCACACUAUAUUCCAUGUAUGAACAAGCGCACAUUUGGAAAAGAAGAAGAGGAGUACUUUCAAUCAUUGAAAUAUAAAACGUCAGUACUAGUGUUUAGAUUCAAUUUUUUGCCAUAUUUCUUCUUCUUUCGUUUGAUCGUAGCUUGUUUGCAAAAACAUAAUAGGGAAUGGAGGGUUUUGGAAGACAAUGGACUUUGUCUGUACAAAAAUGUGGCUUGCUUUGAGUAUAAACAACAUGCAGUUGCUUUAGCAGUGAACAAAUCUUCUAUUCAGCUUCAAGUUUUUCAACCCGCAAACAUUUCCAUCACAAAGAGUGUUACAUUGGAAGUGCGUGAUACUAUUGAACUUCAUUUAAAAGAUCUCCUAGGUAACUUUCACAAAGCAAUUGAAAUGUAUACUGUUGGAUAUCAGUGCUCAAAACAGGAAGUUUUCCAUGAAUAUGAUAGUAAUUUUGUUGAGGAAGCGCAAAUUUACAAGAAAAAGGAAAUCAAAUGUCCAAGACAUGGACUGGUCCACCACCACAUACUCAGUGAAUCAGUUCUUCUGUUUUACUGGAAAAAGGAUGUACAAGGGGAUGUCAGAGAUUUAAAUGAAUCAUCGGGUGGGAAUGAAGAUAAAAUUCUCUCUGAGUCUGAAUUGAAAAGGAAUUUUAAGACCUUUAAAAAACUUACAAAGAUUGGACGAGAGGCUCUGCAGAUCUAUUUUGAUGAGAUAUUUCCCUCAGUGGACAAAUUAUCGUCAGACAACAAGGAGGACAUACAAAAAGGACCGUUCAAACUAAGCGAAGAACAAUGUGAUCAACUCUAUCCAGAGGACAAAUCCACACCGUCGUCUUCUACGUUUGAUGUGACUAUUAUGUACAAAUUGUUGAGGAAUUAUGGUCAAAAUCUCCCCGAGCCGAGUAAUGGAUGGGGAAAGAAACCUCACAUAGCACAAAAACGUAAGACCGAUGACGUGGAAAGGAUUCGAUUCUAUAGGAAUGAAGUUGAGCACAAGACAACGGCAAAUAGCAUCAUGGAAGAAGAAGACUUUGAUAUAAAGUGGAAAGAUCUAUCUCAGGCAAUAAUAAGGCUCAGUGGGGAAACUCUAAAACAAGACAUAAUAAAAUUGAGACCACAGAAAAAUUGCCAUGGUGGAUUUUGAUUUUAUUCGUGUGAGGAGACUUUUGGAGAAUUUUAAUUGCAUGUAUUAAUAUUCA